GCCUCUCACGGUAUCUGUUCUCUCUGACGGGCGUGGCUCAUCUCCAUAGCUCAUUCCUCUCGAGGCAUCUGCCGGUCUAACAUUUCCAGGUUCGGCUAGAGAAACAUUCAUAUCAUCGCCAUGACGGGGCUCGUAAAGCAAAAGAAGUAUGACUGGAAGGAUUCCAACCUGUCCUUGUUCGGCAGCAAACUCGAGAAGGACAUCAAACAGGCAGCAGCUGAGACCGAAAAGGCCUGGCAUGUGGUGAAUGCCGAGGAUAAAGCCGGCCUGUUCAUCUGGAGGAUUGUGAAAUUCGUACCCACCCCAUGGGCCAAGGAGGAAUACGGCAGCUUUUACAACGGGGACAGUUACAUCAUUCUGAACAAAUACCAAAAGGAGGGCGAGGAAGACUGGGAAUACGAUGUCCACUUUUGGAUCGGUGCCCACAGCACACAGGACGAGUACGGUACAGCCGCAUACAAGACAGUCGAGCUGGACACCUUCCUUAAGGACAAGGCCAUCCAGCAUCGAGAGGUCCAGAACCACGAGUCGGAUCUCUUCAAGACCUACUUUGAUGAGUUGACGAUCCUUGAUGGUGGCGCGGACAGCGGCUUCCGACAUGUUACCCCGGACGUCUACAAGCCCAGGCUGAUCCAGAUCAAGAAGGAGGAUGGAAAGCGGGUCCGCGCAGAUGAGGUGCCCUUCUCGAAAAAGUCCAUCAACAGCGAUGACGUUUUUGUUCUCGAUUUUGGAGAGAAGAUCUACCAAUUCAAUGGAAAGACAUGUAGUAUCAAGGAGAAGACAAAGGCUCAGGCAUACGUUCAGAAGCUGCGAGAUGCCCACAACGCCAAACUGGAUAUCACGGACGAGAGCUCAUCCGACUGGAGACAGAUCGAAGAAUUCAUGUCCCUUAUGCCUGACGAGGAGAUCGUAGUUGAACCUGAACCAGAGGGCGCUCCCGACUGCAAGGUUCUUUACCAAGUAUCGGACAAGAGCGGGUCUCUGGUUAUUACCAAGGUUGCAGAGGGCAGUUUGAACAAGGGAAUGCUGAAACGUGAGGAUGUCUUCUUCAUCGACACCGGCAGGGACUUGACCGUCUGGAUCGGCAAGGGAGCCUCUAAGGCCGAGAUCAACUGCGGCAUGGUCUACGGACAUAACUUCUUGAAGGACAAGCCCAACCCGGUCCGUCCAAUCCGCCAGGUCAGAGAUGGUAGGGAAGACAAAGAGUUUUACAAGACGCUCAUGUAAUUAUCAAAUGCCAGAAGGAUCACUAACUUAUCUCUAGCUGUUGUUUCGUUGAAUCGUCUAGUAGUCUCGGCAUUUUAGCAAACAAACCGCAUGUAACUGUUGAGAGUGGCCUACAUGUUACCUUACCUUGUGUCAACGCGAACCAGAUAUCCAAGGAGAACUUUUCUGAACUUCAAACUACAAGAUCUGCACGUAUACAGAAUGUUAAAGAAUAAUAUUACUUUUGUUCUUUUGUUCUUUUGUACUAUUAGUUCUUUACUUGUUAAUCUGUUGCAAGCAGUCUUUACCUGUUCGCCUCGUAGAUGAACGUUCUUCUGUGUUAACCACAUCUCUUGUCAAACUGUCCGAUGUGUCAUUUCUGUAAAACCUUGUAUCAUGACGUUCCAAAAUAUACAUAUAAAUAACACAGUAUACACUUAUCUUUACUCACACUUUCUUUUUGGUCUACCAUACCAGACACAGCCUUACUUUUCUUCCUCAUGUCUCAAUCCACCCAUCUACACUUCUUCCUCUCUUUCACUACGAUGGUAGCCUAGAUAUACCUAAAAAAAACACUGUCCACUUCUACUUCUUUCUCAAUCUCUCAAAACAAAUGUAAAUCAAUAAUCAAACUCUUCUUCUUUCACGACUUCUUGGUCUAUUAAAAUGCAUGGUUGACAACUUCAUUGCACUUCUUCUGCAUUUUUUCUAUACGUUGAUACACUUUCUACACUCCCUGUUCCGUUACUAGUAUACAUGUACACACAGACGAUUCCCAUCAUCAUACUCACACCCGGUGCUUCAUUAUCAUAUUUUACCUUGACAAGCAGCUCCGAGGCAUGAAGGUAAAUGAAAUCACUGACAUUCACAUGCACACUGUUCAAUAUUGAAAUCACUCCAGAAACGAUUUGAGAAAAAAUGUCAGUAUAAGGUUUCUAAGUGAACUCUCGUGGUUUAGUUUUUUUCGAAAAGUGCGUCAGUUGCUUGGAAAGUGCUAUUGAAAUGUUUCCACACUUUUCUACUCUAUUGUUGUCAGAUAAACAAUUUUGAAGUGAAAUUUGGUAAUCUAAUAUCAUUGAUCUGUGUUUUAGAUUCAGGGCAUAUGUUUUGUGACGCGCUCCCAUUGCGUUGUUGCAAGUAUAGAUUUGGUUAUUGUUAUGUACAAUCGACUAUACACAUCAUCCGCAGACUGCGUAUAGCAAUGCCUAAAAUGGGUGCUGAUGUGAAAUUGGCAAAAGACACGACUGGGAAAAUCAAAAUUAUUAAAGUUCCCAUGUUUAAAUUUAAUGUAAAAAGCAUAUUUAACUUCCAAAGGCCACGUGUGAGAAUGAACUAACUUGUCUUCGGAAAAUUAAAACUGUAACAUUGGUGCCAAUAUUUCACUCGUUGUUGUCUAUAUGUUAUUGUCUAUGAUGAUAAUUAUUAGUAUCAAUCAAGAUUGUCGUAAAAUUGUGCAAGUUAGUAUCUUUUAUGUUGUCUUCGUAAUAAAUUAUCUCUCCCCUCGUUUU